AUGAGCCAGUCCUUUAAAGACAAAGAAGCUUUUGUUUUAGAUCAACAAAGAAGAGAAGGAGAAGACAGAAUCGACGGCGGGGAAAACUGUGCCAAACGAAAACGAAAUCAAAACCAAACUCGCGAAGUGAAGCGAAAAACUCAAAUCGUCGUCACAGCUUCGUUCUCUCUGGCUAACAGGUAUUUCAUAAUAUCCACCAAACAACAACAUAGUGGCAAUUUUGGUGAAGUGUGGCGGGUAGAAAAUAAUAAGAAACAUAGUCGAGCAUUUCAACAACACACAAGCAAAGCUUAA